GGCUAGGAAAGGGGCGGGGCUCGCUCCGACCUGGACCUGGAGCUGUCCUCGCCCUUUCUGGCCGCCGCCUCUUCCCCGCGCUGCGCAGGGCUUCUCCUUUAGGCGCCGCGGGACCAGAGCGUCGGCUUCCAGGCACAGGCGUGUGUCACCGUGCCUGGCUGUUUCCAGUGUGGCUCUGAACUCACAGAAAUCCAGACAGAUCUCUGCCUUCGGAAUACUAGGAUUAAAGGUCUCCCAGAGGACAAGGAAGAUGGAAGAAUCUGCAGACCAGCUGCAGCCGCUGACCGAGAGUCAGGUAGCCAACUCUGAGGGCGGAUAUGUAUGGCAGGUCACAGACAUGAACCGGCUGCACCGCUUCUUGUGUUUUGGUUCUGAAGGUGGCACCUACUAUAUCAAAGAACAGAAGCUGGGUCUUGAAAAUGCCGAAGCCUUAAUCAGACUGAUUGAAGAUGGCAGAGGAGGCGAAGUGAUACAGGAAAUCAAGUCCUUUAGUCAGGAAGGCAGGACUGCCAAACAAGAGCCUUUGCUGUUUGCCCUUGCCAUCUGUUCCCAGUGUUCGGACAUAAAGACAAAGCAGGCAGCCUUUAAAGCUGUGCCUGAGGUCUGUCGCAUUCCAACCCACCUCUUCACCUUCAUCCAGUUCAAGAAGGACCUGAAGGAAAGCAUGAGGUGCGGCAUGUGGGGUCGUGCUCUCCGGAAGGCCGUGGCAGACUGGUAUAAUGAGAAGGGUGGCAUGGCCAUUGCUCUGGCCGUUACGAAGUAUAAACAGAGAAAUGGCUGGUCUCACAAAGACCUCUUAAGACUGUCACAUCUUAAACCUUCCAGCGAAGGACUUGCUAUUGUGACCAAAUAUAUUACAAAGGGCUGGAAAGAGGUCCAUGAACUGUAUAAAGAAAAAGCACUUUCUGUGGAGACUGAAAAACUGUUAAAGUAUCUGGAGGCUGUGGAGAAAGUGAAGCGUACAAAAGAUGAGCUGGAAGUCAUUCAUCUAAUUGAAGAACACCAGUUAGUCAGGGAACAUCUGCUCACAAAUCACUUGAAGUCUAAAGAGGUAUGGAAGGCUUUGUUACAAGAAAUGCCUCUGACUGCACUGCUGAGGAAUCUGGGAAAGAUGACUGCUAAUUCAGUGCUUGAACCAGGAAACUCUGAAGUUGCUCUAGUGUGUGAAAAGCUGUGCAAUGAAAAACUGCUCAAAAAGGCUCGUAUACAUCCAUUUCAUGUUCUAAUUGCGUUAGAAACCUACAGAACAGGCCAUGGGCUCAGAGGAAAACUGAAGUGGACUCCAGAUAAAGAAAUUUUGCAAGCAUUAGAUGCUGCAUUUUAUAAAACAUUUAAGACGGUCGAGCCGACUGGGAAGCGUUUCUUGCUAGCUGUUGAUGUCAGUGCAUCUAUGAACCAGAGAGUUCUGGGUAGUAUACUCAAUGCUAGUACUGUUGCUGCAGCAAUGUGCAUGGUGGUCACGAGAACAGAAAAAGAGUCUUCAGUGGUUGCUUUUGCAUGUGAUAUGGUACCGUUUCCUGUGACUACAGACAUGACCUUACAGCAGGUUUUAACGGCUAUGAAUAAAGUCCCAGCUGGUAGCACCGAUUGCUCUCUUCCAAUGAUCUGGGCCCAGAAGACAAACACAGCUGCCGAUGUCUUCAUUGUAUUCACCGAUAAUGAGACCUUUGCCGGACAGGUGCAUCCUGCUGUUGCCCUGAGGGAGUACCGACAGAAAAUGGAUAUUCCUGCUAAAUUGAUUGUUUGUGGGAUGACAUCAAAUGGUUUUACCAUCGCAGACCCUGAUGAUAGAGGCAUGUUGGAUAUGUGCGGCUUUGAUACUUCAGCUCUGGAUGUAAUUCGAAAUUUCACGUUGGAUAUAAUUUAACCCUAAGUACCGGAAUGACCUGAGGGGUCCACUGCUGCAGUGGACUUCAGUGAAAAGUCACAGCUACUUCCCAGCUAACUGCAGCAGUGAGAAGUGUCAACAGUGUGUGCGUGGUGGAAAUGGACUUUGCCAAGAACAGGAAACGAGGGAAGGAAGGAAAAACAUGUCGAGCCCAAAGGUGCAUGUACUCAGCUAGCUCUUGAGAAGUCUUCAGGACACUGUAGCUUUCUCUAUAGCGAACCUCUUUUUGAUAGAAACUGUAAAAUAGUCACGUUUUCCUCUGGGGAAUCACAUUUGUACUUAACACAGGGGACAUCCUAACGUGUAAGUAGCCUCCCACGUCACUUUUUGGGAAGUGCUUGUUUUCUUAAAUGUUUUCACUGGAAAAGGACAGUUUUGAUAAUGUCCAAAUACUCUGAGGUGCACUAGACCGUGUGACUGUGAUGGAAGUGGGCCUCACGAAGUAAACCUUCAUACCAGGGGUUAAAAAUACAAAGACACUCGGGAAAGCCAAAUUAUGAUGAGUUUUACAAAUUCAGAGUUUUCUAAGAUCAUACAAACAACAGCUUUCUUAUUCAGCGAAAAAGAUGUUUUAUUUCAGGUGUUUUAUUUGUACUUGUUAGAAUUUGUUACCAUUUGGUCAAAACAUGAUGGAAGUCCCUAAGGGACUUGUUGAGUUUGUGUAGGCUGAGGAAUUUGCUUUGUAUCCUUGUAGUUACUGCCAUAAGUGGAGACAUACUUAAUGAUUCCCUCUGAGCAACAACAGUGUUUCAUGCACUUAAUGCUUUCCUGUUUUCAUAUUUGUCAUGAAAACAAAAUGUUUCCCAUACUUAAGUCCCCUCCAUCCAUAAUCCUGAUAAGUAUAACAAUUAAAAUCUCAACUGUAAAGACAUAGCUUUUCCCAUACCCCUAAAAUACCUUUAACUAAUUUUUAUAUUUUUCUAAUAUUAAGUUUAUCUGUAGUCUUUUAUAUUUUUGUCCACUAUUCAUCUUGUGUCUAAUUUCUUUUUUGAUAGAAAUAUAGAAAGCAUAGAAAUAAUAAAGCAAGCUAGAUCCUUCAAGUUCAAAGGCAAUUUUAAAGUAGGCAACUAUCAACCAGUCAGUCCAUGUAGGAAAUUUAAAAACACGUUUUGUACAAACUAAACUUCUUUUUCACCAUAUUAACAUACAUUCUUUUCUUGAGCAGACAUGUGUUUUCACUGGGGAGUUUAGCGUGAAAAUAGCCUAUUGAAAGGCCAGUAGCUUUUCCCUUGAUUUUGUAAUGGUAUCUAAGGUAGUUUAUAUUAAAACUUUAAUUUUUUAUGUAUUCUUUAAAUAUUAAAGGUUUACUAGGGACUUAAAAAGCCCUCUCACUUUAUAUGAAAAGUCAAAAACUAGUAAGUGUAGGUUAUAUAACUUUAUAUGUGUGUAGGGGGUGAAGUUUUUUAUUUGGGGAAGAAAGGGUCUUUGCUAUUGUGAGGAUUUGUGUACAUAUUUUCUUCUCUUUCCCAAGAAAACUAGGCUCUGAGAAUAAGAAAAUGUCCCCUUGAGGUAGAUUUGACAUAUUAAUGAGGUUGAUAUGUAGCUAUUCUUUCAAGACAGUAACAAUUCUUCAGUGUUAUUAGCAAAGAGAGCAUCACCUCCCACUCAACACCAUCGCUUCUGAUGCUAUUCUGGCUUUAGUGCGGUCACAUGUGGUUUCACAUCUUUCCUCCUGAUACACUCAAGUUUCAUAUUCAAAUUGAAUUUAAGGUUCAAAACCCUAAGAAUUACAUGAGAGCUACUGACUUCUUUAAACCCAUGGUCUAGGUUUUAAUAUGAUGUAACUUAUAUGAAAUGUUACAGGGAAUAUUAUAUAAGUGCUUAUUUCUUUUACUUCUCUGCUGUUUAGCUAGUGCUUUUAGGCAAGCAGAGUAUGUCUAGGAGCAAACAUUUACUCCGUCAAGGAAAUCAGAUUAGCGGUGACUCUUCAACAGCAUUUAGGUAGGCCUAAUAAAUAGGUUAAGAGUGAAGACAGAAGCCAGGUGUGGUGACACAAGCCUUAGUCCUAGGCCUGGGGAGGCAGGGGCAGGUAGAUCUCUAAGUUAGAGGCCAGCCCACUGUACUUAGCAAGUUCCAAGCCAGUGAGGGCUAAGUAGUGAGACCCUGUCUCAAAAAAAAGUUUUAAGAAAGAAAAAAGGAAAACAAAGGAAGGCCCCUCUGAAAGCAAUUUUAUCUUCAAAUCACAGAGUGGAAAAAAAUCUUAGAGGGUUGUUUGUUUGUUUGUUUGUUUGUUUGUUUGUUUGUUUGAGACAGGGUCUCUCUGCAUAGUCCUGGCUGUCCUGAAGCUCGCUCUGUAGACCAGGCUGGCCUCGAACUCACAGAGAUUCUCCUGCCUCUGCCUCCCAAGUGCUAGGGUUAAAGGCGUACGCCACCAUGCCCAGCCUAAUGUUGGAUGAUUUUGGAGAGGGGCGGCCUAGAAGGGUUUGCCUCUCUGCUUACCAUUCUAGCUUUUCCUUUCUCAUACAUGGGAGCACAUUGAUUUAGCAAGAGGGACAGGAGAAUUAUGCAAAACUUUUACCUUAUUUAGACAUUAGGAAUUGAUAAUAUGCAUGAUUGCUUUAGGAAAUUGUGAAUAUGUAUGGUUUUUUUAUUUGGAAUAACUCUCAAACACAAUUAUGUCUUAACAGCCUAUGUUGCUAUAUAAUAUAGCUCCAUAGAAAGGCUUUUUUUUUUUUUAACCUCAUUAAGCAUAGGAUAUAC